ACUCCCUGUGUCUUUCCAUUUAUGUACCAGGAAGCAACCUACUACAGCUGCACCACCGCGCGCAGCGACUACGCCUGGUGUUCCCUGGACGCGAAAUUCAGACGCCAGUGGCGGUACUGCACGGGGCAGGAUCCCCCCAAGUGCACCUUCCCGUUCAUCUUCAAGGGGAGAUGCUUUCAGAGAUGCACGAAGGAGCACUACCUUUUGAAUCGUAGCUGGUGUUCAUUGACCGGAAAUUACGAUAAGGAUGGAAAAUGGAAGCAGUGCUCUCCUCACAAGUAAGCUG